GAUCUGAGUCACCACCAAAAUAUUAACAUAUUUUUCUAUUGAUUAUAUUAUAUAUACCCACCACCACGUUAACAUGGGCCAAACCUAGUAGAUAAAGAAAAUGGUAAAAUUCGUAAUUGCUGAUCAUGAUAAAACGCUCGCGGGUAUUGUUCCUUCGUAGCUUUACCAACUUUACUUUAACUUGUGAAGAGAGAAAAAGAGACAACAAGACGAUAAAGAUCAGGAUCCGAUAACACGAAGAUGCCUAACGGGUGGCUCAAGUCAUUGCAAUGCAAAUCAAAAGCGUUCGAUGAUGUCUGUAACUUCAAAACUAAACCACUAAUCUCGUCGAGUUACGGUUGUAGUCGAAAGAGCUCACAUUGCGUCAAAGACGUGAUCGAUACACGAUUAUUAGGUAAGAAAAACCCGAAACCAGACCAGAACCUAAGGCGUUUGAAGUCUUGUCAAACCGAAACAGAGCUUCUUAACCCGCAAACCCGAACCCGAAGGAGCAAAUCUGCCCGCGCAUCCGAAACGCUGACCGAGCUUCCCGAUGGUCACCCGUCAAGGAACGUAGUGGAGAUCAUAUUCCAGUCAAGCUGGAGCUCCGACGAGUUUCCGGGUCGGAUAGAGAUGAUUUUCAAAGUGGAAAACGGGUCGAGGACAGUGACCCGGUUCGAGGAGUACAGAGAGGUUAUGAAGUCACGUGCUGGUUUAAACGUAGGCACGUGCGAGGAGGAGGACGCACGGUGUUUGGCUGACGGCAACGAGAUGAUGAGGUUUUAUCCGGUUGCGGAUGGGUUUAACGGCGGCUCGUGGGUUUUUGCCGGCGGGAAAAGUCAAGCUGUGUGUACGUUUUCGGGUAGUGGUGAAGCGUACGUGAGCGGCGGAAGUGGCGGAGGAAGGAAGGCGAUGGUAAUUUGUCGGGUGAUAGCGGGUCGGGUUGAUGAUAGAAUCGGGUUUGGGUCGGACUCGGUAGCGGGUCGUGACGGCGAGUUGUUUGUCUUUGAUACACGUGCGGUGUUGCCUUGUUUUCUAAUCAUUUUCAGAUUGUGAUAUGAUAAAAAAAAACGUUAUAAAUAUUUUCUUAUAGACACUGUA